GACGAGAAGAAGCGCGAACCUUUGCCGAAGCCGGAUUACGCGGUGGCGUGCCCGCGGUGUAAGAGCGACGAUACGAAGUUUUGUUACUAUAACAAUUACAACAUCAAGCAGCCGAGGUUCUACUGUAAGAAGUGUUGCAGGUAUUGGACCGAAGGCGGGUCGUUGCGCAACGUGCGCGUGGGCGCGGGACGGAGAAAG